GAAGAAAACCCGGAAGUGGACGUUGUGUAGUGCAAAGGGUAGCAAACCUCCAGUAGAACAGAGUUUAUUUGUUAUUGUUUGCUAUUCAUUAAGAAGGAAGACACUUUAAAGUUAUAGAUUAACAGAAAGAUAAACUCAAAUCAGCCAAAUAUUUCCCGUUGAAGCUUUCAGCCGGGUCCAGGUUAACUUCUUCCCGGUGUUAUAUGAUAUUAGUGACAGUUUAGGGGGAUGAAGCCUCCACCUCGGACUCGGGUGAAACCGGACCGGUUCCUGAAGGCUGAUCCGAUCCGGCGGAGAUCAAGGAGAGCGGCUGAGUGGAAGAGGUCGGAGCUGAGGAAACUCCACGAUGCUCUGAAGAAACUCUACAAGGACGGGGGACACCAGGGGGACAUGGACUAUUCUUACCUGAGGAAACACGUGCCUUCCCGGACCACCUCAGAGAUCCACGCUGUAGUCGAAUCCCUGAAGAACAAAGUGAUCUCUUGCGCCACCUACAAUCUACAGCGGAAUAAGCGGGACGACAACAAGGUCAAAAAACCCAUCGAGGAGUGGACACACUUGGCCUCCGCUUUGGCUGGAAGCCUCGAAGAAGUCAUUUCCUCAGCUUUCUCUCAGAUGCUGGUGGUGUCAUCUACUGAACCUUGCACUCUGAGGAACAGUGACCCUCCUCAGGCCCACAUACCACCAGCAGAAGACCGGCCCAUUGGCCGCACCGUGCCUUGGAGACCAAUGCCUCGUCAGUCGGUCAAGCAAGGUCAACCUCUCAACACCAACACAGUCAGCCCACACUUGCAAGGCAAGACUCCAGCGCCAAAAACAACCAGAGCACUUCCAGCAACGAUCCAAGCGCCAAAAAGCAACGUACAUCCACCCGAGGAAACUGCUCCUCCCACCGCUGAAACGUCUUCACCUUCUGAACCUGCUGCAUCCCAAAAGCCUCCUUCACAGAGUCUGUGCACAAAUCAGGAACAAGUGUCAGGCAGUCCGACCUCAGCAGCAUCGGUAACACCUCAGGAUGUCUGCAGCCCUGUGGCCCAGGCUACCCAGGAAUCCUCCGAGGUACAUCCUGUCAGCAUCCCCACCGAGUCCACAUCUAAGUCCACGUCUUCCACCUCCAGACCCUCCUCCGUCCAGCCGGAAACCGCACAUUCAACCCCCGCGGCCACAUAUCACACCUCCUUUGGUCGUACCAGCAAGUUCGCCACCAAGGACUGUCCCAGGAUGUUUGGUGUCAAGUGUGUGGUGGACUUUGAGAGGAUCUACUGUUUCCUGAGCGUACUCCAAAAGCCCAAUGAGGACACUCAUCUCACCCCCAUGGAGAGUGCUAUCGUGUUGGACCUGUUGAUGUCUCUCCCAGAGGAGCUUCAACUCCUCGACUGCAAAGCACUUCGCAAACAUAUGACUCAGGUCUACAAGCGUCUCUCGGCCCCGGCUGACUCCAAGAAGGCAAGAAGAGGGUCUAAGAACGCAAAGCGCGGACUCUCUGCUCAGACGGAGGCUCAGAGCAUUGGAGACCACAAUGAAACAAGUGGUCAGGGAACCACCGCUGGGACUGGCGACGGCGAACGGGAGACACCGAAUCCACCUGAAAGUCAGGACCAGACAUCAUGUAGGAGUAACACUUUGAGCCCAACGGGGGACACGAACACGAUGGGGAACUGUCCUCCACUCAACCCUUUUAUGGUGCCUCUGAAACUGUUGGCACGUAAAUGAAAAAGUAUUAAGUGUUUUAGAAGCUACAGGGCCGAAGGAUCUAGGUUCAGGUUGUUGGCCUUGUUUUAUUUAACUCAAGUAUUUCUGCUGCCUCUGUUCAGAUGAGAAUUAGCACUGAUACACUGUGAUGUUUGCCUCGUUUUAUUAAAAGGAUGAAUGGUUGCUGCGUUCUUUUGGACGUGUUUGUGCAGAUUGUUAUUUUUAUUUAUUAAUUUUUUUCUAUGUAGCCAAAGUACAGAUGUAAACCACUCUAUCUGGGUCAAACUUUUGGCCAAAAGCUUAAUUAACCCAGAAAAAUAAAUAAAGGGAUUUAAAAAUGAAA